CGCGCGCAAGCGAGACGCCUUCAUAUCCUGCAUUCGCUGCGCUCUCGUUGUAAAAGGGCGCGCGAGCGAGAGAGAGAGAGAGAGAGAGACAGAAAGAAAAGGACAACUGCUCUGCGCACGAGAGUGCGCGAGUACUCGCCGACUGUUGCUGGCUCCCGCGCAUACACGCGCGCGCGCGCACGUGCACAUACACACGCACACACACACACACACACACGUGCACGCCGAGGCGAAAAAUCUGCGCGUCGCGCCGUGAAAAACAAGCCUUACCAAGCCAGAGAGAGAGAGAGAGAGAGAGAGAGAGACCUUUUUACGCUCAUUGCUCGUUUAAUACUCAUACCGCCGCCGUCCGCCUAUAACAUCGCGCCGCCUGACUUUACUUGCUUGCUUGCUCGCUCACUUACCUGAUCACUGCGCCGCCGACUUACGAGUGUAUGUAUAUAUAUACACUCUACAUUGCGUUUUCUGAAUAAACAUUUCCAUUCGCUAUGUUUAUCUAUGCUUCUGCUCUCUCUCUCUCUAUCUCUCUCUCUCUCUGUCUCUCUCAAAUCUUUAUGAUUAUCAUGUUUUGAUAGCAACUACCAUUAAACAUUAUUAGACGAUUGAGUGGUUGGGGUUAAUUGUUUUAAUUUGUUCGGAUAAAUUUUUGACUAAUCAGCCGGCUUUAGGUUGACUGCUCCAAAUUACGUUUUGAAAUGCUUUUGUCAAAUUCUAAAAAUAGAGCGUUCGAAAUCGCAUUAACAUGAAUUUUUGUUAAUUGUCUUGUUAUAAAUCACUAAUUGUAGAUGAAAGUUAUUGUUGUUGUCAAUGAACUAUUGCAAUCCAUAAAUCACUCUACCAGUGGCUCGAUCAAAAAUGAUUAAUGAUAAAUGAUUAGCAGUCAAUUGUUCAAUCGAAUAGACUCUAAUAAUGAAUUAAUUAUCACAUGCAUGAUUAAGAAGCGCACCAAUUUGCAGAAUAAAUAUGUCAGUCGCAUUGCACUAAAUAUUGCAAUGUUUUUGUUUUUCCCAUUUUUUUGGGAAUUCAAGCAGGAUAGUGCGCAGUAAUAGCACUAAAAACAAGGACGAUGAUUUAGACAACGACGCAAAUGUAAUAUUGGGGAAAAACGCGGAUCGCGCGAAUGAGUCAUGCAUAUAAUAUGAUGGGAUCGGAAGCCAAAACGAAAAGAAAGGAAAGGAAACGCGAAGCUAAAAACACCUGGCGCUGGCUUAAUGUCUCAUUGCAAAUCCAAUAAAGCUACACAUGUCCAACGCCCCAUCAAGUGGGAGAGUGAGAGACGCAGAGAGUGUGCAAGGGGCCAUGAUCGUCGGCUUUCUGCGCAACCCACACACAUCCUUAGCUCGUCCGUAGCACUGAUACUUAUAGCUGUUGGCCGCUCGGCUCAGCCACACCAACACAGGUGAAUACCGUUGGUUGAACGUUCGGCACGCGCGCUCUCGCGCGCAAGCUUGAACUCUCGCGCGGCUCUCGCGCAGCGGCAGCUGCUGCUGCGUAGUAGUGCGUAAAUACACGGGACACGUGUAAAAAGUGCGCAGCGCUCUAUCGAUGUGUUAGUGUAUUCUCUCUCGCUCGCUCUUCCACGAGCAGUUAAAAAAAGAGAGCGGCAGUGGCGCGCCGCCAGCCGCCGAGGCAAGUCAACUAUCUCUCUUGUCGAGCGAGUAACAGAGACAGAGGAAAAACACACGGGAUCGCUAGUGUUGUACAGUGCGUAGCACGGCUUACAGUCGUACGUGAGUAUCGUACAUCGCGCGCGCCGGACGAGCUACAUUACGCGCAGCAGCAGCAUUCGUUCUCUCGCUCUCAUCCAACGAGAAAGACAAAGAGACGAUCCUGCGCGUGGAUGUCAGCAGCUGCUCAGAUGCAACGACUCCGGGCCGUUGACCAACUAGGCCAACGCAACACAUCUCGCUAAAAUUACAAGCAGAUGCUAAUUAGUUCUUGCUUACUUAAUGUAAUCCAUCAUCAUGGUUGGGUUUCUCGAAGAGGACAAGGGACUCUUCCCUUUGCAAACUAUAUCUUCCGUUGUGCAAAUCUUCCAGAAUCAACUGGAGAAUAGUGCAGAGCCAGAUCUUGCUCUGCUCUCAAUCAUUGUCGGAGCAAUAGAAAAUCCUCUCACCUGCAAUAGAAAUAUCGAACCUGAUGAAGCUACUGGUUAUGAUGAAUCCAAACUCCCACCUGUGGAUUUUGAGAAAGCUGAAUCAAUGUACACAAAGUUUACGUCAUUGAUAAAAAAUGCAGUGGAUCUAUCAGUUUAUAAUACUAAGUAUGCCACAAGAGAACUGGUAAAAAAGGUAUCAGAUAGUAUUUGGAAUUAUUUAUCAAGAAACUAUAACAAAGACCAUGCACAUUUGCAAAGUAUAUACAGUUACUUGACAUUAUACAAAUUGGACUGUUUUGGAGCUGCAUUUGCUGUAGUCGCUGGUUGUCAAGUUUUGGGUUUUAACGAUGUGCAUCUUGCCCUUUCAGAAGACCAUGCUUGGGUUGUUUUUGGAGAAAAUGGUCAAGAAACAGCAGAAGUGACAUGGCAUGGGAAAGGAAAUGAAGACAAGCGAGGACAACCAGUUGAUGCUGGUGUAGCUUCAAAAUCAUGGGUGUACUUGAAUGGCCAAGCAGUUGUUUGUGAUCGGGCAAUGGAAGUAGCCACAAUAGUGUCCGCGAUAAAUCCCAGUUUUAGUGCAACUGCAGAUGCUGUUGAAGUAGCAUUGUUACAACAAGAGCUACUUUGGUUAUUGUACGACUUGGGGCAUCUAAAAAAGUACCCAAUGGCUCUGGGUAAUCUUGGGGAAUUGGAGGAGGCAGCACCAACACCAGGACGACCAGCACCAAUCAGCCUCUUUCAGGAAGCUGUUCAAUCAGCAAGAAAGUAUUACGACAAUGCACAUGUUUACCCGUAUACUUAUCAAGGUGGAUAUCUAUAUCGGCAUGGUAUGCAUGUGAAUGCUCUUGCUUUAUGGGCAGAUGCUGCAGAUGUUCUUAGGAAGUAUAAUUACUGUCGAGACGAUGGAGAAAUAUACAAGGAAUUGUUAGAGAUUGCCAAUGAACUUAUACCACACGUAGUGAGAGCAGAUGAUCAUUUACUUCGACAACCACGUUGUUUUGCCUAUUUACUAAGGUUUUAUGAUGGCAUUUGCCAUUGGGAAGAAGGUGCCAAUACACCAGUUCUACAUAUUGGUUGGGCUAGACCACUUGUUAACACCAUCUCCAAAUUUGAUGCAAGUAUUCGUGCUCAAGUAAUGAUAGACUGCUAUACUGAACAAAAAUUGGAUGGCAGUUCUGAUGAAAAUCUCAAUAACAACAAUAACAACUACUACAAAACGAAGGAGAGAUGCAGUGCUACACGUGAUCUUAUAAAAAGCCUCGAAUCCAAAGUACCUGAGAAUCUAGAACCCAUGCAUCCUGGAAUCCAAGCUCUAGCCGCAGCAUGUGGUGAGAAAAUUUUGAAUCGAGAUUAUUUACUUCAAGGUGAUGGUGAACCGUUCGUCGCUCCUGCGGAUACAAUGCUCGACUUGCCAAUGUCAACAUCUUCAGUCUGCGGAAUUUCAACUCCCUCAACUUCGCAAGAUAGCCUCGACGAUGGUUUAAGCGAAAUUGAUUUGGAAAUCGAGUCGGACGAGAAUGAAAGUCCAAGGAUAAUGUUGUACAGUCAAAAAAUGAAGGGCCUAAAGGAUUUGUUACUCGCAGAAAAGCUCAACACACAUGCAGUUUCGCUACAGUUAACGGCACAAAGUCAAGUGCAGGUAGGUAAGAAAACGAGAGGAGGCGAUGAAGUCGUCACUGGAGCUGGUCAUAGGCCGAAAAGGACGAGGAGAGAAUAAUUAGGGUGUUGAAACAGCAAAUAUGCUUUUAUGAUGUCUUUCGAUUAACAAUUUUUAAAAUCGUGUUGAGUCACGAUGAUAAACCUUGAAGGACUUGCUUCUAUUCUGAUGCGAAUAUUUCUAAGCUUUUUGCAAUAAGAUGUUUUAUUUGACCAGUAUUUGUCUUCAAUGCACAGAAGGAAGAAUUUAUAAAAAAAAUUAUUACUUCACACUUUAUACAUUAAUUUUCAUAGCCAAAAGACGCAAGAUUAUUGUAUCCGUUUUUUCUUAUUAAAGGCUUGUCCUUCAAGCAUAUUCUAUGCAAUUUUUUGUAAUAGAAGUUGGAUAACGUUAAAAAGAAAAUAUUUAUUGGAUGGCGAUAAAUGGUGAUUGUUGAAGCAAUCAUGUAACGUCUCAUGAAAAAGAUAUCCAGUGAAUGUAAUUAUUCAAUGGAGUCACCGUAAGACAAAAUUUAUAGAAGAGUACAAAACAAAAAGUUUAUAUUUACACUUUAGUCAACCGCUGCGGGCAUUCGUGCUUAUGUCUUUUUCUCAUUACUUUCAAAAUACUUUAUGAGAAAAGAUUUCAGUAAAAUAUUGCCUAAAAUUUUAUUUUACCAAAUUUUAUGUUAUGAUAUUAUUAUGCUAUGUACCUACUCGACAGGUAUCAAAUUUUUAAAUUAAUCAUUUUGUUUAACAAUAUAAUAAUUUGAUUUUAUAAUAUAAUAUAUUUUUAGUUUGUGUACAGAAAUAAAAAAUAUUUCUAUUUUCAAUAUUGAGAAAAAAAAUGUUUUACUUGAAUCUUUACUCAGCAUUAACAUGACUGAGACUGGCGUGUUCGCACGAUUUUUAUUUGCAUAACAAGCAAAUGAAUAUUUUUUAUUGCAUAUUAUAUUCUUGUGUCUACUAUCUCGUUGCACUUUCGCUUAUUUAUUGAGGAGGGUUUUUCUUCUCCACUUAUAAAUAUGUAUCCCUUGCACUUUCACGAUUGAAAAGUUGCCGUUAACGUUUUUUUACAGUUAAAGUAUAACAAUGCAUAGUUUAAAAAAAUUUCUAUUAGAGAAACGCUUUAUUAUAGUUAGUAAACCACAACAUUCCGAUCCCUUUUGAAGUGGUGCAAAUUUUUAAUUUUAAUUACUAGAACUUUAUUCAAGCAUGAAAUGUUUAUGUAUUUUUAUAUUAUUAUUUAUUUUCAAGUAAAGUUAAGUAUUUGAAAGUAGUGUGACGUUUAGUCAACAGACUUUAUUCGCAAAAUUUAUGUUUACCUUAAUAAAUUCAGUCUUAAUGUUUUUAUAUAUGUACUUGCUCGCAAUUUCUAUCUCAAAAAUUAUUUGAUUUAGAUUUUUUUUAUUUCCUCCUCCUGAAAACUGUAAUUUAAAAUAUUUACAGAGAAUUAAUUAACAAAUUGAUCAUAUUUGAUGCAAAAUUUAUUUUGUGACAUACUAAAAUCCUCGCAUCUCUCAAAAUAAACUGAGUUCAUUUUUGAUAACUAAUUAUAAUUUGUAAAAAAUGAUUAGUUGGCCGCUUUUACAGAUUCAUGCUUAACUUUCUAUUUCGCAAUCCUUGCCAUUUUUAAUAUAUUAAUGUAUCAACUCCUUUUUUUUUUAGAAUAUGUUACUUUUAAUCUUUUACGGUACCUCAAACAAUCUCGAUAAAUACGUAAAUUCACCUCAGUGACAGAAAUAGUCGAGGAAAAUAAUUGGACGUAGAUUCCAUCAAUGUUUUAUUGGAUUGUUAUCGUAGUAUAAGUUUGUUAAAAAAUAAGAAAUGAAUGCAACAAGCAACAAAAAACAAAGAAAGAAUUAAAAUAGUAAAAGAAUAUUGGCUUAUGUUGAAUUAAAAAAAACGAAUGAAUAUUUUUAAUAUGAAAACGAGCAAAAAAUUGAUUCAAAAACAAAAAUUAUUAAUGGUAUGUUUAUAACAAAUCUAGGUUACUGGCCCUGAAAAAAAUUUUAUUCCAAUUGUCAAUGAUGGGUUCACAUGGAAAAUAUUCAUAAAAUUCGCAUUCAGUUUUUUUUUCAAGUCAUAUUUUGUUUUGACCUCCGUAGAAUGCAACAUGUGAAGUAUGUCAUCUGCGAUCAAUUAAAAAAAAAAUAUUAAAGGGCGCUAUCAUACUGUGAUGCUGAAUAUACUAUAUAUUAUUAAAUUGAUAUGGUAAACUACAUUUUAGUGAUAAAAGUAGAUAAAUGACAGAAUGAGACAUUGAAAAUCGAAAUGCAUACAUACUUUUUUGUAUAGAGAUGAUUUGUAAGAUCUUGUAACAUCUUUAAAACAUCAUGCAAAACAUGAAUUUAAAAAGUGAUAAACGAAACUUAACAGUUUAGAACGCCAAAGCAUAUAAAUCUAAUAUUUGUUUUGUAUUGUAUCGAUUAGUAGCAAUAAUACAGUAUUACUUUGAUAAAUAACAUUGCAUUAAUAUCGAAACAUUUGUUUUAUGUCUCAUCUUUUCUUGCUUUCAAAGCUACGACAGAAAGGUUUUCAUUAAUAAGGGUAAUUUCCUUUUCCCCUAGAUCAUUAUUUUGAUGACUUUUAAAAAACAAAUAUAGACUUGUAUGUUUUGAAAAGACAAUUGAUCUUGAUCACAUGUACGUAUUUCACGUGUCUUUGCAAGUAUGUUAGUGUUUGAGCGUGACGGAUAAUUGACGAUAUGUAACGUAGAGAUUAUUGGCUCUAUUAGGAGAAAUUUUUUUUUCUCCUUGUUUGUCUUGCCAUAAGCAUUGUCAUCAUUAAAGUAGAGAACAUUAGUUUAUGUGUUAUCAAAUUGAAGUGCUAUUACAAGUUUUUUGUAUACUAUACAAAGCUCGUCUCGGUGAUUAGUUUCUUUAAAAAUCUGAAUAAGCAUCACUUAAAAUUUUUAUUUCUAAUAAUUGUACGUAGUUUUUAGUUUGUUUGAAGAAUCGAUGCUGAAUGUUUUUGAGUGAUUUUCUUCGUGUAAGUUUCUUGUAUUUUGCGUGGACUCCUAUAUUGUAUGGCUGGAAUGCCUUUGGUAGAAUUGUAUCUCGUCAUUUAAUUUAGAAUGUCGAUAAAUACAAGAAAAUAAAUUAUAGAUUAGUCACUAAAUUUUUAAUAUUUGUAUUUAUGAUUGUAAAAAAAGGAUUUGUAUAGUUCAAAAUUAGUAGUACGCAGAUUUGAAAUUAAUAUAUUGAAAUAAUUGUUUUAAGUAUUUACAAAAGUACUUUAGUUAUAAAUGUUCAAUUUGAUAAAAAAUUCUAAUUAAUAUCACUCCGCUUGAUUUAUUGAGAAAUUUUAUUUGAAAAUGGAAAAUGUUAUUUGUCAAAAUUAUCUCCUUUUAUACAAGAGAAAUGUAAACAUAUAUUUUUACAAUGUAUUCGAUCGAAGAUGUAGCGCAGAAAACAUUUUUAAAAAGAUAUGUUUCUAAAUUUUUCAAAGUGUUGUAUUCAGCGUCGUUAUUAGAUUCAAGGGCUUUAGUGUAGUGCGUAGAAUGAAAGCGAUUAUUGUAGGAAAAUCAGUAUUUUUGUAUUGUCGUUCUCGUUUAAAAAAUCUAGUGGCCGUCACGUAGAUUUUAGCUUUUGAUUCUCUAUUGAGAGAACACGUUUAUAAAUAUUGAAAUAAAAACAUGUUAAAACGUAAGAUAAUGAAAGAACCAAGUAGGAUAAAAUAUUGGCCGUUUAAAUAAAUUAUCGUUAAAUGAUUCCUUUUUUCAUUUGAAAACACAAAUACAUUGACAAAUAAAAAUUGCCCAUUCAAAAAAAACCUAAUUGUUCCUAUUGUUGAUUAAAGGAGAGCAUAUUUCACAUUUUACUUGGUUCUGCGUUUGAAAAAUAUGUCACGAACUAUGAAGUAUAUUUGUAAAGCCAAAUCCGUUGAAAGAAAGAAAAAUAUAAUGAUGAACUACAACAUGUGAAAUUUUUCUCUGUCUUGCUCUCAUUCUCCUGUGGACUGUUCUUCUCAUUCGCUUGUUAGAUCACAUUCAAUGAUUCUAAUUGUAAGUGAAAUAUAAAUAAUGUUGAAAAAUAGAAACAGAAAGUAAAUGUAUCGUAAAUAUUAUGCUUGCAUAAACAAUGACUAAUUUUAUCAGAUAUAAAUGUUUAACCCGGUGUAUUUUCUUAACCAAAUAGUUGAAAGAAAAUAAAUAGUACUAAUUUUAAUGUAAAUUCAACUGGAAUUCUGUAAAAGUGCGCGUAAAAUAUUCGUGCCGUUGGAUUAUUUGGGAAUUUGCACGAAAAGCAAAAGCAAUGAGAUUGUUUGAUGUUGGAUACUUCCUUCAUUGUAUUGCUCUGAUCGAAUCAAUGCGUUUGUUUUUGACGCACAAAGUUUAUCUGGUUGUGUAGUACGUAGAAAGCUCGCCGAACGAGCUCCUAGUGAUCGCAUACUAAUGUAAAUGUGCCGAGCUUGAAGACGAAAUUGCGGCUUAUUAGUGACGAAUUUCUAUGAUUGAAAGGAUCGAGUAAGCAUUUCGAUACGUAUAUUACGUAGAAUGAGCAUAUUAGCAAAUUGGCACAUUUCUUUUAUUAGUUAGAAAUAGUUGAAACAAGCGGUCUUCAAGUUUUUGUCAGAUUCACGUUAGACAAUUAAUCAAAAUGAACAUUUAGAAAAUACAAUCUACUUCCACGGGGGCAUACUACACUAAACAUUAACAGUUAGCAAGAUGUAAUCAUAAUAAUUAAUCUACUUAAGCAAGAUGUAACAGCUAUAAAACUUUAAAAUGAAAAUCAAUUCAUCACAGUAUACGAGUAUCGUUUACGUGUACUUAAACAAAAUGUUAAGACUAGACGAAUAAUUAUAUUCAAGUUAUGCAAUAUUUAUUUUUACUCAACAGAAUUUUUAAGUAAUGUAUAAUUUAUUGUAUGAAAUAUUCAUGCAAACACUUAGUGAUUGCAAACUUUAACAAGAUAUCGUUUUAUAGCGACUUUAACCGUCCUUGCCAAGUUUAUAAAUCUCGAAAAUUUUGCAGUUGUUUUAUUUACAAUGCUUUUUACUGUACUAAACUAUCCACUGUGAACAAUUAUGGCUUCUUUGACAUUUUAUUGGCAGUAAAGAUCAAUCAGAUCCUCGCAUAUUUCUCAAUUUGUAAAUAUGCAGAUACUGAUUUAUUAGGUGAAAGAAUCGAAGAACUAACAGGCGCGAUCGAGAGAUUUCUAGAGGUAUUUGAAGAAAAAACAUAUAUUACAAGUAAAUCCCGAAAGUUGCUUCCCAAUCCGAAAUAAAGGAUUCAUAAGAUUAUUACUCAUUGGACUUAUUUCAAGACAAUGCUGAAUAUUGAAUGAGCUCCAGUUAUAUUGUUGACUGAAUGAAACAGUGAUUGUAAAGGCAUCAUGGAAAUGUCUUGAUUUUUUGUGGAUUAUAAUAAACUAUUUUAU